UGUGGAUGGUAAUUAUUUUUUCUUAUCUCGUAAUUUAGCACUCACUUUAAAUCUACUGUACCGCUGUAUGUCUAGCACUAGGUUGUUUUGGGGCCAUUUUACUAAAUUGAAAUAUUUUAAAAACUCCAUCCUUCGCAGCACUAUGGAUCAUAAAAGAACCUAUGGAAACUAUUCUGGGCAAAGCGGGACUGGAAACAACCCAUAUUCUGGUGAAUGGUAUAAGGAUGAUAACCCUCCUCAAAAAAGCCAAGUAUAUUCUAGAGGUGGAAGAAGGGGGGGAAGAGGUGGCAGAAGGGGUGGAUAUGGCAGGGCACGUAGAAGUAACAUGGACGAUAAUGGAGAAUGGAAACAACGUUCAGCAGGCAGGGGUAGAGGAAGGGGCGGACAUCCUUCAGGAUUGAAAGGCCGGGAUAUCGGACUGUGGUAUGCACAAAGAGGUAAAGAAAGAAGACUUGAAAAAGAAAUGCACAACAGGAAAACAAUACAUAUGGAUGAACAACAAAUUGGACAAGUUAACCAUGCAUUAUCAGAUGCAAGAUUUCAAUCCAAAAAGCAAGAGAUUCCUGAUAGCAAAGUUUCGGGUUCCUCUCACGAAGCAGAUUUUGGAUGUAUUGAGAAUGAAUCGCCUGAAAAUGUUUCAGAUUUUUUACCAUUUUCAGACAAUGAUAAGUCAUGGUUUUCAACACCACUACGAUUAGGCGCAGACCUUACCAUAAAUAAAACAUUAAAAGACGAGUUGGCAGAAAAGGUGAAUGAUUCGCAUUAUAUUGGAAUGCAGAAGUUUCGUAAAACUCUGCCUGCUUUUAAAAAGAGAAUUGAUCUAAUGAAGCUGAUCAAUUCAAACCAAGUUAUUGUUAUUAGCGGAGAAACCGGUUGUGGCAAAACGACUCAAGUCCCACAAUUUAUUCUCGACGAUGCUAUCGAAAAUAACAAUGGCAUGGCAUGUAAGAUUGUUUGCACUCAACCAAGAAGAAUAUCAGCUAUUUCGGUGGCUGAAAGAGUUGCUGAUGAGAGAAGUGAACGCUGUGGUGAAAUUAGCAGUUGUGGAUACCAAAUACGACUUGAUUCGAAGUUACCAAGAUCAAGCGCAUCAAUUUUGUAUUGUACAACGGGCAUUUUAAUUCAGUGUUUGAAAUCUGAUCCUCUACUUCAAAAUAUUAGCCACAUAGUUUUAGAUGAAAUACAUGAACGGGAUCUCCAAACAGAUUUUCUUAUCACAAUUGUUAAAAACAUUGUAGAAACUAGAAAUGAUUUGAAAGUUAUUUUAAUGAGUGCUACUCUUAAUGCUGAACUUUUUUCAUCAUAUUUUGAUAAUUGCCCUUGUUUUCAUAUUCCUGGGUUUACGUUUCCUGUUCAAAGUUUAUUUUUAGAAGAAAUCAUGGAUGUUACCAAGUAUGACCCACCAGAUGCAGCGUAUCGUUUGAUCGAUGACGUUGAGAGGUUCAACAAUGGUCAAAUGAAAAGACGAGAAGCGGAAAAAUUCAGUAAGAAAAACAUAGAUCGAGACAUAGCAAAGAAAUGGAGAGAAUAUGAAAAAACAGAACUUUCAUCAAGAUUUCCAGAAUGGGCUUGUGAUAAGCUAUACGCAAUGCAUCUCUACACACAAAGUGGGAUUGACCCUCAACUAAUUGUGGCAACUAUAAAAUAUAUAGUCAAUGAACAACCAAGAGGAGCAAUACUUGUUUUUGUUCCUGGCUGGAUGGAUAUAAAAGCUGUUCACGAUCAGUUACAACGGGAUCGUCAAUUUUCUCCAUCACGAUUCUUGAUUAUUCCACUACAUUCUAUGAUGCCGACAGCCAAUCAAAGACAAGUAUUUGACCGACCACCACCAGGCGUGACCAAAAUCGUCAUAGCAACUAACAUAGCUGAAACUUCUAUCACAAUUGAUGAUGUAGUUCAUGUAAUAGACUCCGGUAAAAUAAAAUUAACCGACUUCGAUCACAUGACAAAUAUUGCUUCUUUACAAAUGAGAUGGGUAAGUCGUGCCAAUGCUAAACAACGCAAUGGCAGGGCGGGACGUGUGCAAGAAGGCUUCUGUUAUCAUUUAUACACAAAGCUUCAAGAACAAGAUUUUUCAGAUUUCCUGUUGCCAGAAAUGUUACGUACACCUUUAGAUCAACUGUGUCUGCAAAUCAGGGUCUUAGAAUUAGGUAAAAUUGAAGUUUUUUUGUCAAAAGUUAUGGAACCACCUCCAUCUGAAGGAAUUGAACUUUCAAUACAAAAGCUCAUUGCUUUAAGCGCAAUGGAUGUUGACCAACGACUUAUGCCACUUGGAUAUCACCUUGCAAGACUCCCCGUCGAACCUCAAAUAGGAAAAAUGAUUCUUAUGGGUGCGAUAUUUUCAUGUCUUGAUCCUGUUUUGACAAUUGCUGCAAAUUUAAGUUUCAAAGAUCCUUUUGUUGUUCCGCUUGGUAAAGAAAGAGAAGCAGACAGGAGGAAGAAAGACAUUGCGGAUGGGACCAAUAGUGAUCAUCUUAUGCUUUUAAAUGCAUAUCAAGGAUGGGAAAGUUCUGUAAGAGAAGGGCAUCGAGAGGAGUCACAAUACUGCUGGGAUAAUUUUCUUUCUAAAUCUACUUUGGGAAUGUUACGAGACAUGAAGGGACAAUUUGCUCAGCAGUUACACUCCAUUGGUUUCUGUUCUUCUCCAUCACCUAAAGAUCCGAUCAUGAACAAGCUAUCAAAUAAUAAGAAAGUUGUUUUGGCUGUUGUAUGUUCUGGACUUUAUCCGAAUAUUGCUAAAAUUAAUUUUUCAAAACCGUACAAACCGGUAAAAAUUAUAACAAAAUCAGAAAAGGUCAACUUUCAUCCCAAAUCUGUAAACUAUGAAGCAUGUGGAGAAAAAUUUAGUGAACGGUGGCUCUGUUAUUAUUUAAAAAUGAAAACUAGCGUUAUCUAUCUUUUCGAUACAUCAGAAGUUACAGCCUACCCUCUAUUAUUUUUUGGCGGGAAUAUAUCAGCUUAUUAUGAUUUAAAAAUGAAAGGUGACGUAAUAGCAGUCGAUGAUUGGAUUGUUUUCAAAUCGAAGCCCAACAUUGCUAAACUAGUUAAAGAUUUGAGAAUUGCACUUGAUGAUAUUUUGGAAAAAAAGAUUAGGGAUCCAGACAUCACUGUUUUAACUAAUAAUGACACUGCUAGUAAAGUUCUUUCGUCUAUUGUUGAUUUAAUUACAACUGAAUAAUAAAUAUU